GAACUUGUAAAAUUGAGUUGAAAUCAUGGAACGCUUUGAAAGAUGGACUACAGUAAAUAGCUGUUGUUGUUUCGAUCUUCGCUCCGGAACUCUUGUAAUAGCUAACUUAAGACUGUUUUUCAGUUUUAUAUCAUUACUUAUCAGUAUUCUAUACCUAACUCAUCACAUUAACAUAUCUUUGAAUUUUGAAUUUGCUGUGUACCUUAUUCGAUUUACCGCAUUGAUUAUAAUAAUAACCAUAAUUCUUGUAGUAGGAGUUAUCCAGGAUAAACCAAAUUUGAUACUCAUACACCAAGUGAUAAAUGGGGCGAUGAUUGUAUCAUAUUUAAUAGACAUUAUUACCACUAUACUAGAUUACACUUUCCUACUUGUUAUUUUAUUAAGUUUGGUGUUUCAGGCGUAUUUCUGGGUAGUUAUUCAAAGUUAUUACAGAAGUCGUUUACUUUUGCAACCCCAAGAAAUAAAUCAAGUUAUUGCCUAGUGUUAAAUCAUUCUAUAUUAAUUAAUAUGUACUAAUAAUAACCGUGAUUCAUCGAGAUAUUUUUAAAGCUUAUUGAUAUGUUGUUGAAAUUCCACCAAUUGAUUGAAAACAUCUUAUUGUUAGAGGUCUUUAGCAAAAUCAAUAUCAUGUUUUCCAGUAAUUUGAAACACUUGAACAAAACUGAAAAGCUGAUUAGUGUGAAUCAAAAUGGUUAAAAAAAACUACUUAUAAUGCUUAGCGACGAUGAAAGAAGUUAAAAAAAUUGAUUUUAAUAUUUUUGAAACUGUUUGAAAGACAACAAAAUUCUUGCAAUCGAUUAAAAACAUAUUAACUCUGAUGGAAGAAUUAAGCGAAAUGAUUAUUAUUUAUUUAGACGUGUUUCAAUGACUCCAGAAUGUAGAAAACUUUAUUGGUGUGUGUCAAAACGAUACUAAUCGAUUAAAACACAUCUCUAGGAUAUUUAAUGUCGACAAAAGUGAUAAAAGAAUUGAUUUAGACGUAUUUUGAAAAUGUUUCAAAGAUACCAUGAUACAG